AUGACUAUUGGACCAUCUGCUAUGCUAAUUGCUUGCAGUAGCAAACAAAAUGUAGUUAAGCUGGCAAAAGAUGGCGUGGACGAAAUGGGCGCACGAUUGGCACAGGAGGAAGAUUUGGUGUCUGCAUUAGUGUUUUGUGUAUCUACGGGGAGCCGUUCUAGGAAUUUUGGUGGCUCUGGUUUAAGGUUAUUGUCUGAAAUGGUCUCGGUUUCUAGUCAGCAACAGUUCCGGUACACCCAACCACCAUCGAAGGUGCUUCACUUGAGAAACUUGCCAUGGGAAUGUGCGGAGGAGGAACUGAUUGAACUCGGGAAGCCAUUUGGCAAUGUUGUGAACAAAAAAUGCAAUGUUGGGUCGAACCGAAAUCAAGUUUCACUGGUAAGGCACCAGUGGUUGCAGCCGGAGAGGCCUGUGUACAUUGGUCCUAGGCUGAUUGUGUUCGGUGGUGCCACACUUCCCCUGCACUUGAAGACAAUUAUGUUGGAAAUAUGCUCAAACUUGAAUGUAGUGACUAACGUCUUCUCAUAUGUUUGCACAUGGAGCUAUCCGACUCAAUGCAAAAGCGAUUCAAACCAUCAAGCAAAAAUGGCUCUCAUCAAGAUAUCCGCUCACCCUUACGCCACGGUUUGCGAGUUGUAUUGUGGUGGUGGCACUGAUGCUGAUAAAUGGCUCGACGCCCAAAUUGCCCACUAUAGACCAAACCUAAUGGCUUCGGAAAAUGUAGAAGUGCAUUUGGAGGAGAAGACCAAUACAGCUGAUUUUGUCUGCUGUUUGCAGCAUUUGCAGUUGUGUUUUGAAACUGUAGAGAAAGUGCGGAGACUUCUUCUAAACGUGUCAUCUCUACUGAAACCAGGGGGAUAUUUUCUCGGUAUUACUCCUGACUCAUCUACUAUAUGGGCAAAGUAUCAGAAGAAUGUUGAAUCCUAUCACAACAAAGGCAGCGACAUGAAGCCAAACAUUGUUCCCAACUGCAUCCGGACAGAGAAUUACAUGAUUAGUUUUGAAGUUGAAGAAGAAAAGUUUCCAUUAUUUGGAAAGAAAUAUCAGCUGAAGUUUGCUAAUGAUGUCUCUGCUGAAACCCAUUGCUUGGUUCACUUUCCAAGUUUAAUCAGGCUGGCUAGGGAAGCUGGACUUGAGUAUGUGGAGAUCCAAAAUUUAACCGAAUUUUAUGAUGACAACAGAGCACAAUUGGCAGGCUUGCUUACGAACUAUGCUCCAAACCUUUUGGAUACUUAAAAAAGUCAUUUUUCUUAUAUAAUAUAUAUUUUUCUAACCAUAUUGGAGACUUUUGUGCUGAUCGAACAGAAAUGGUGGGCAGCUAGUGCUUUCAAAUAAGGUCAAUGUUCUAUGCAAUGGUGUGGAAGGCAUAUAUUUUCCAAGCCUACACUUAGUUGUGUGCAAGUGUGGUUUUUGUGGGCCAGAAAAGCAAGCUCUUAGCGAAUGGGAACAACACACAGGUUCCAAAUUAAGAGAUUGGAAAACAAGUAUUACCGUGAAAGACUCUAGGCUACCUCUAGAACAAUGGAUGCCAAAUAGCUGUUCACCAAGAAUGCUAUGGAGCAAAAAAUGUUAAAGACUUUACAUCUUGAGUCUGCAAGGCCUGUGAAACACCUGACAUCAAGCGGGAGUGUUGUCUUUGUCCUGUAAAAGGUGGUGCUCUAAAGCCAACCGAUAUUCACACAUUAUGGGUUCAUGUCACCUGUGCUUGGUUUCGACCUGAAGUCUCGUUUUCUAGUGAUAAGAAGAUGGAACCUGCUUUGGGUAUACUUAGUAUUCCGUCGAAUUCUUUUGUGAAGAUUUGUGUUAUUUGCAAGCAAGUCCAUGGUUCCUGCACACAGUGUUGCAGAUGUUCCACUUAUUUCCAUCGCAUCAAGGGCCGGUUACCGAAUGGAGAUGAGGUUUCUAUUGGAUUGAGUUGACUUUUUUUCUUUAGCAAAACAGUUUGAUGACUGAUUAUCAAUCCCAUUUGCUCCCCUACCUUUCGUCUCUCAGUGUCAGUGUCGCCCCAGCAGAGUGCUUUCGCCUUGGGUGUUCCUUCCGAUCUCUACGCAUUUCAUCGCUCCACCGGAAAUUCCCUCUGCCCCUACCGUACUCUAGCUUGGUAGUUUCUACCACCUACUCGCCGGUCAUCUUCAUAGAACAUGCAUUUCCAAGAAAAUUUGGAAAAAUGUCAUUUUCAUGCUAUAAGAAGAGUAACUGACUUUUGCAUGAGCACCAUUAAGUCCAGUACUUUCAAGAGGAAGAAGUUAGCAACGAGAUUUCAAAUGUGGGUUUAGAUCUUCAUGAGGAGUGUAAGUUGAAUUGCUGAGCUGCUGAGAAGAGGUAACUGAUUCAUGACCGAGAAACUACUCUAUUCUUAGUCAGGCUUGGCCGUCGAGUUUGAAGUUAAGAUAAACCCGUUCUAUCCUAAAAAUGUUUUUUUUUUUUUUUAAUUUCUGAUAUGGUCGUGGGUUAUUGGAAUAGAUGAACUCCCAGGGUUGAACUGGUUUUCAUCAACACAGUUGUCUGAGUUUAGCUUUAAAUUGAUAUCUUUCCCAUGUGUCUAUAUAAAAAUUUGUGAAUUUUGCUUUUCUUGGGCAUUUUGUUAUGUGUCCUGUAUACCUUAUUAUGGUUUGGUGAUAUAAUUUUUUUUAUAUACUGAGAUAAGAUAAAAUUGUAUAAUUGUUUUAUUAUUUUCAUUGCCAGUUUUCAUUUCGA